GUUCGGAUCGGUUUAGUUAGGUUCAGCUAAUUUUGCUAGAUUUUCCCCAAACCGACCCGGACCGGACACCGGUCCAAUCUAGCUUUUCUGACUCGGUUCGUUUCAUUGUUCGUUUUUGCUCAAAGAAACUGAUACGUUGGGUGUAUCAGUGAGAUCUCUCUCCGAUUCAAUGGCUUCCACCUACCGUGACCGUACGUCGGAGUUCCGAUCACUGACGGAGACUCUAAAGAAGACUGGUGGCGGAGGAGAAGGCACCGCACCGCUAAAUCAACAACCGUCUACGUCUCAAGGUUCCUAUUCAAGAUCUGAAUUCAACCGAAAGGCAUCACAAAUCGGAUUAGGAAUCCAUGAAACCUCACAGAAAAUUGCGAGGCUCGCUAAAUUGGCAAAGAAAUCGUCUCUGUUUAAUGAUCCGAUUAUGGAAAUUCAAGAACUGACUGCAUUGAUUAAGACUGAUAUAACGACGUUGAAUUCAGCUGUUUUGAAUUUGCAAAAUAUUCAGAAAUUUGAUUUGGCUGAUGAGAAUUACUCAGAAGAUAGGGUUGUGCAUUCUAAUGCUGUUUGCAAUGACUUGAAGAACAAGCUCAUGGGAGCCACAAAGCAUCUUCAAGAUGUUUUAACUACUAGGACAGAGAACAUCAAGGCUCAUGAGAAUAGGAAGCAGAUAUUUUCCAAGAACCCUUUACAGCAUCAGCCAAAGCCAACUACUGAGCCACCACCUUGGUCAAAUUCAACAAAUGCAUUUGAAACCGAGAGUUUGCAACAAGCACCAGGAGGACUACCAUCAAAUGGGAUUCCUCCAGCUGGCAAUCAGCUAAGACGGAGGUUAGCUGUGGACAAUACUCCAUCCCAGCAAAUGGAGAUGUCUUUGGUACAACAGGUUGUUCCUCGGCACGAAGACUAUGCCCAAAGUCGAUCAACUGCUCUCCACAAUGUGGAAUCUACUAUUACUGAACUUAGUGGAAUCUUCUCCCAUUUGGCUACGAUGGUUGCCCAUCAAGGAGAGCUAGCUAUCAGGAUUGAUGACAACAUGGAUGAAUCAUUGGCAAAUGUUGAAGGAGCCCGCAGUUCUUUAUUGAGGCAUCUCAACCAAAUAUCAUCAAAUAGAUGGCUUAUGAUCAAAAUAUUUGCCAUUUUGAUGUUCUUUCUGAUGAUCUUCAUAUUCUUUGUGGCCUAAUGUACCGAACAUGGAAGCUUUUUUCACUACUUAUCUGGAUUUGUUUUCAUCCUUCUGUGGAAGCAAAGAUGCCAAAUCAACUAAGUGAUGAGGCAUACAUCUGAGAUAUGAAACUUUUUUAUUCAUGUAUUCUCCUGUUUGGCAAUCACUAUUAAAAAUGACGCGGCAUGUAAGCCCCCAAGACCUUUUAGGAGUUUGAUUGAAUGUAGAUUUAGCAAAUUAGAAAUAUCAGUUUGCAUAUAUAAGAAUCAUCACAAUACAGUUAUGGAGGUGAGGGAGCAUCUAAGAUGUAAAGAACCAAAGAGAAGGGAGAAUGCCAUGAACAGUUUUAUAAAUAUUGUGGUGCAUAUGUCACAUUCUUUACAAGUUACUCAAUUGAUGAUAACAUACUACUAGUUCUUUGUUUAGCUGUGUGUAUAAUAUAAGAAGCUUCCGGAUAUUGUAAUAUCAAAAGUUAUUUUUUUCCUCCUCUGAAAGUAUUGAUGUAUAACUAUUUUUUUAUUGAACAUUCUUUUUGUUCUUGAUUGCUAUUUUAAAGAUA